UAUUUGAACGCAACGCUGGUCGCCGACUGCCUUUUGCAUUGUGAACGUUGAUUUCCUCCCACGGCCCAGUCGUCCACGGCGACGUUUUGUCGUCCUCCGGGAGCCGACGACCGACAGCCGGAACAGGCUCUAGGUGAAAGCCCCACGAACCGUCGCCUGGACUCGGCUCCGGGACUCGAGGAUGGGGAAAGCGGUAGCCGGCGACGAGAGUGCGCUGAGCGGCGUGCAGCUGUGACGAGCCCCCGCUCUUCCUCUCUCCCCUCCAGGAAACAUCCAACGCUCCUCCAAGUGCACACGCAACAUGACAAUUUUCAAGCAGGAGAAUGUCGAGGAGUUUUAUGAGAUCGGAGAAGAACUGGGCAGCGGCCAGUUCGCGGUUGUUCGGCGGUGUCGGCAACGGAAUACAGGCACCGAGUAUGCUGCCAAAUUCAUCAAGAAACGGCGUAGCAAGUCAAGCCGGCGCGGCGUGACACGGGAAGACAUUGAGCGAGAGGUCAACAUUCUGAAAGAGAUCCAGCACCCUAAUAUCAUCACACUGCACGAGGUCUUUGAGAACAAGGCCGACGUCAUCCUCAUCCUGGAACUCGUGGCCGGUGGAGAACUUUUUGACUUCCUGGCGGAAAAAGAAUCUCUGAGUGAGGAGGAAGCAACGCAGUUCCUCAAGCAGAUCUUGGAUGGAGUCUUCUACCUGCAUUCCAAACAUAUCGCUCACUUUGACCUCAAGCCGGAGAACAUCAUGCUGCUGAGCCGCUCUGUGCCUCACCCGCGCAUCAAGCUCAUUGACUUUGGCCUGGCACACAAGAUCGAUUUUGGCAGCGACUUUAAAAACAUUUUCGGAACGCCAGAGUUUGUUGCUCCUGAGGUGGUCAACUACGAGUCUCUGGGCUUGGAGGCAGACAUGUGGAGUGUUGGUGUGAUAACAUACAUCCUGCUGAGCGGCGCCUCACCUUUCCUGGGUGACAACAAGCAGGAGACACUAGCCAACGUGUCGGCCGUGGACUACAGCUUUGACGAAGACUUCUUCUGUGGCACCAGCAUCCUGGCCAAAGACUUCAUUGCCAGACUCCUUGUCAAAGACCCCAAAAAAAGGAUGACCAUUCAGGACAGCCUUCAACACCCCUGGAUCAAGCCCAAAGACACUCAACAGGCACUGAGUAGAAAAGAGUCCGCAGUCAACAUGGAAAAGUUCAAGAAGUUUGCCGCUCGAAGAAAAUGGAAACAAUCUGUGAGACUCAUCUCCUUGUGCAACCGCUUGUCACGCUCCUUUCUGUCCAGAAGCAACAUGAGCGUGGCACGCAGUGAUGAUACAUUGGAUGAGGAAGACUCAUUCGUGAUGAAGGCCAUCAUCCAUGCUAUAAAUGAUGACAACGUUCCAGGCCUGCAGCAUCUGCUGGGCUCGUUGAACAGCUACGACGUCAAUCAGCCCAACAAGCAUGGGACGCCCCCCUUGCUCAUAGCAGCUGGCUGUGGAAAUGUGGACAUCAUCAAGGUCCUCAUGAGGAAGGGAGCCCACAUUCAAACCCAUGACAAGAGUGGCGCCAACGCAAUCUACUAUGCGGCGAGACACGGCCAUGUGGACACCCUCAAAUUCCUCCAUGCCAACAAAUGUCCUCUGGACAUACAGGAUAAGUCAGGAGAAACCGCUCUCCAUGUGGCGGCUCGCUAUGGUAAUGUGGAUGUGGUGAGCUACCUCUGCAGUAUCCAGGCCAACCCGGACCUCUGUGACAGGGAGCAAGAAACAGCUCUGCAUUGUGCCGCCUGGCAUGGCUACUCGGCUGUAGCUCGGGCACUCUGCAGGGCUGGCUGCCGUGUGGACGCCAAGAACCGUGAGGGUGAGAGCGCCCUGCUCACCGCAUCAGCCCGCGGCUUCGUGGAUAUUGUGGAGUGCUUGGCGGAGCAUGGUGCUGACCUGGAAACCGUCGACAAGGAUGGCCAUACAGCUCUCCAUCUAGCUGUGCGACGGUGCCAGCUGGAGGUGGUCCACUGUCUGCUGGCGCGGGGCUGUCAUCUGGACCGUCAGGAUCGCCACGGCAAUGUGCCACUUCACAUUGCCUGCAAGGACGGAAACCUCCCCGUCGUUGUGGCGCUCUGCAGCGCCCAAGCCAUCCUCGACAUCCCCAACAAGUACGGCCGGACCCCCCUCCACCUAGCUUCCAGCAACGGUGGUCUGGAAGUGGUUCGUCACCUCUGCCUGUCCGGAGCCAACACGGACGCCGUCACCAACGAUGGAAAAAGUGCUGAGGACUUGGCGUCAGCUGAGCAACAUGUCAGCAUAGUGGCCUUGUUGGGGAAGCUUAAAAAGGACAACCACAAGCUGGCCUUCAUUCAGCAGCUGCGGCCCACACAGACAUUGCAGCCACGCAUCAAGCUCAAGCUCUUCGGCCAUCAAGGGGCGGGCAAGAGCACGCUCCUAGAGUCGCUCAAAUGUGGCAUCCUGCGCAGCUUCUUCCGCCGGCGCCGGACCACCCGCAUGGCCAACUCGACACGACACCCCAACUCUCCAGUCAAUUCCAAGCCCUCCGUGUCUGUGAGCAUCUCCAACUUGUACCCGGGCUGCGAGAACGUAAGUGUGCGCAGUCGCAGCAUGAUGUUUGAGCCCAGCCUGACUAAAGGCGUAGUGGAGGUGUUUUCGCCCGUGCACAGCAGUCUGUCCCCUGCCGCCACCGACGAGCAGGCCACUCGGGCCAUUGAGAUCCAACAUGCCAACAUUCAUGGCGUGGGAGAUUUCAGCGUGUGGGAGUUUUCUGGCAAUCCAGUCUACUACUGCGUCUAUGACUACUUUGCGGCCAAUGAUGCCACGGCAAUCCACCUGGUGGUGUUCAGUCUGGAGGAGCCAUAUGAGAGCCAGCUUAGCCACAUCAACUAUUGGCUCAACAUGCUCAAGGCCCUCACGCCACCACACGACCACAUCCUUUUCGGAGGGAAGGUCCAGCAGCCCCUGGUGGUGGUCCUGGUAGGCACGCAUGCAGACCUGGGGGACGUUCCCAGGGGUUUCUCUGGAGAGUUCAGCUACAACAAAGAGAGGGCCCUCCUCAAGGAAGUCAGGAGCAGGUUUGGAAAUGAUCUGCGGAUCAGCGACAAGUUAUUUGUAAUGGACGCUGGCGCCUCCAACUCUAAAGAUGUGAAGCUACUGAGGAAUCAUCUCCAGGAGCUGCGCUCUCACAUAGUCUCUAGCUGCAGCACGAUGACGCUGCUGUCAGAGCGUCUACUGGUGGCGCUUCCCGCCUGGCGUAAAUUGAGCGGACCUAACCAGCUGACGUCGUGGCAGCAGUUUGUUAGUGAUGUCCAGGAGAACAUCAACCCGCUGGUCAGCCAGCAGCACCUCAGAGACCUGGCACUACAGCUGCACAGCAUGGGAGAGAUCAACAUCAUGCAGAGCGAAACGGUGCAGGAUGUGGUCUUGCUGGAGCCACGGUGGCUCUGUAGCACGGUUUUGGGACGCCUGCUGUCAGUGGAGACGCCCAAAGCCAUCCACCAUUACAGGGGGCGCUACAGGCUGGAGGAGGUGCAAGCCUUGGCACCUGACAGCGACGUGGAAGAGCUACUGCAGAUCCUGGAUGCCAUGGAUGUGUGUGCCCGCGACACCACCGAGCCAGCCAUGGUGGACGUGCCCGCCCUCAUCAAGGCUGGCGGUCUGCGGCGCUCGUGGACUGAGGACGAAGCCGAGGGGGACGCGGCUGCCAUAUACGGUGGCGUUCGGCUGGUUCCUGCUGAACACCUAGCUGCCUUCCCGUGCGGUUUGUUCCACAAGCUGCAGGUCAACCUUUGCCGAUGGAGUCGGCAACAGAAGCCCGAAGACGAGGAAGACGACGAGGAAGAAAGAGACGCUGACAUCCACCUGUGGACAGACGGGGCCAAGGUAAGCCGGUUGGGUACCGAGGCCAUGGUGCUGCUGGUCAACCACGGCCAGGCUGUGGAGAUCCAGGUGCGCGGGCACGAGUCGCAAAGGGCCAAGUGUUAUGCCCUGCUGGACGCCAUGUGCAGCAUCGCUGAGAAUCUGAUGGCGUCCACACUGCCAGGCCUGCUGACCGCCAAGUACUACCUGAGCCCCCAGCAGCUACGCGAGCGACACGCUCCCGUCAUGGUGUACCAGCCCAAGGACUUCCUGAGGGCGCAGGCGCAGAGGGAGACCUCGCUCACCAACACUAUGGGAGGAUACAGAGAAAGCUUCAGUGCAAUCCUGGCCUUUGGCUGUGCAGAGGUGUACCAGCAUGGUAUACUGGGCCCUGACGUGCAUAUCGCCGAUGUUCCGCCCCUGGCCCGUCGCAAAUUGUGUCGCAUGCUGGACCCGCCCGACGCCCUCGGAAAGGACUGGUGCCUUCUCGCCAUGAACCUCGGCCUCAGUGAGCUGGUGGCUAAGCACAGCGGCAACAGGACGCCGCCCGACACCCCGCCCAGCCCGACGGCAUCCCUGCUGCACGAGUGGAGCAGGCGUCCGGGCAGCACAGUGGGCGUCCUUAUGUUGAAGCUGCGGGAGCUGGGCCGGAGGGACGCCGCUGACUUCCUCCUGAAGGCCUUGCCCAUCUUCAGAGUGAACGCUGAUGGGCUGGGCAGUGGCACCAACACCAAUGGUUACUGCAAUAAUUACGCUGCCACCUGCAAUGGGGGCACAUCCUACAACUCCAUCAGCUCCGUCAUUUCCCGCUAAAAGACAGACUCGCCACAAAUUUCUCCAGCGUCAGGAAACUCUUGACAUUUGUACAGCCGUCAUUUUCUUUCUCCGUGAAUGUUGUCAAAGCGCUGAUUGUCCCCAAAGAGCAAACCCGAGCUCCUUUCACACUGCCCGUCUUAGCCAGUCUUUUUCAGCCUUGUUCUUUUGCACGCCUGGUACAGAUACCAAAAUCACAAUAUGAGCAAUUUUCAACAUGGUACUGGAGGCAUAUUUUUGUGACUAUCACGUGAGACUUGCUUCCCAUCCCACUUUGUGUUGAAAGUACUGUAAUUAUCACCAUCCCUGGAGUUGACCAGGCCUUUUUAUUAGUCAGGUACCGACACUGAGUUCACGUCAAGCCAUGAUUCAUCAUUGUAAAGGUGUUUACCACAGUGCAUCAGAGACUCGCUGGCCAGGCCACUGCGUCAAAAACAAUUCCAACCGUCCCAGAAGUUGCCCAGGCCUUUGUGAGUUAAGACUGGCGUUACAACAGCUAUGUGUAAAGGAACACAGUGGUGUGAGGUUUAACACCCUUAUUCCUCCUGGUUUGUUGUGUCAAAAGCAAUUUUCUCAGUUCUAGAUGCAGACGCAGAAGAUGCUGACCUUCUUAACCAAGCACUAUGUGAACCCACAAGCGCACAUAGCUGUGUGACUGCAGGGAUGGCGAUGUCCCACUUGGGCAAGAGCUAUCCGAAAAGCACAGGAUAAACCCACCAGCUCUACAGUUACAGGUCCAGUGGGCCAUCCAUCCAUUCAUUUUCCAAGAUUUUUAUCCUCACAAGGGUCAGCCAGUUUCCUGGGAAUAUCAUCCACCGCCCUUCUCACGCUGAGUUUCUAAGCCAUCUUUUUUCAUAACAUUGCGGGUUGCUGGUGAUUGAAUUCAAUCCACGAAUUAUCAGAGGGGCGGUCAACGGGACCACAUUGUAAACUUUAACACAAGAGACUCGCUGGCCACACCCCUUUGUGUCCAAAGCAGUUGCCACAUCUAUUCAUUUGAUCGCAACGGCUGUGCGCUUUGGGCACAAGCGGGUAUGUUACAUUAGCUUGAGUAUCUAUGAGAUUUUGUUUUUAUUCACCUCCUUGUGCUGCUUUUGGGACUGUGUUCACACCUCUAAUUUGAUACACAGGUCUUAUGGUCUGAUUGCUGUGUCAAAGUGCACACGGUUACGGCCGUGGCCCACCUUUGCUGUGUUUGUGUAAGAAGUCAGCAACAUAAAAAAAAAUGCUGGAUAUACUGUUACUACUUGCCUCUGACGUUCUUAAUUUUAAUUGUUCGGCUACUACCCUCAGUGUGGCGUUUUUGGCCCUUAAAGGUAAUAUCGGACUUGUAACAGAUGCGGGAUUAUAGGAAAUUCCGGUCAUUACACCCCCCCCCCCACCUCUGUGUUGAAAGUCAUUGUCCUACCAGUCAUUGACUUCAUGGAUCCAUGUGAUUUAUACCAUCUUCAUUGAGUGCUGCGAAACAGUCAAAGGCAGUUGAAAGUGAACCAAACAAUUGUGACCAUUGUAUCUGUAUGAGCGCACCAGGUUUCCCAUUUUCAUGGCCAAAGUCACGCUGUAAUCGCCCGCACGUUUAUCUCUGCCUUUUCUUGUGUUAGGCCACUGCAUUUAAUUCCAGUGCCUUUAUGGCCUUCUACCUCCCCCCCCCAAGCACAAAUAAGAGCAGGUGCCUUGUCUGCACGAAGCGUGACAAUUCCUAAAGCCCACAAUGUCUUAUGUCUUUUAGGUCUUCAGGAUUCACUCAAAGGGAAUUUUCAUGUUGAAUGGCUGUCUCUUAACUGGAAAAUACAUAAAUAUAUAUAUAUUAAAAACAUGUUGCCACUUUUCGGAUUUUUUUUAUAUAUUAAAAAUAAUUUUGACAGGUUCAAAAUGGUUUGUACCCUGUGUAGUCCAGAACAGCGUCAUGAAGUGCUUUCUUGUGAACAUGUUGCAAUUUCAAACAGAAGUUUAUAAGCUAGUAUUCAUCCGCGAAAACAUUACUUGACAAUAACUAUUUUAAUGACUUUAGUAAAUUUGUAGGUAACAGUGUCAAAGCUGUGAGGCGCAAUGAUCACCCCGUUUUGGCGGCCAAUCAGCCAAAAAUAAUUAAAUGCGUCUUUUGCAUCGCCCGUCUUUACUUAAGGUAGCUGCUUCCGUGAUCUCCGCUCAUUCUCACGAAUUUGCUCCAAAAUGGCUGCUUCAAACUGCAAUGAUUGAAUUCCAGUUUAUUUUGAAGCAUAAGUCAUUGAGAUAUUUAUGUCCGUCCUGUAACGAGACACGUCUGCCCAAUUUAAUGUUUGUGAAACUGGUGUCCAAGGUCAAAUUUUCCCAACUUUCCAGGGGGCACCAAGUCAUGCUGAGGACUGCGGUUUGGAUCAGGGUACCCACAUUUCCGAAUUGUGGGCACUUUUUGGGCAUGACCGAAGUCAGUCAAAGUGAAAGCAAAAUGGCUACUUGAAACCACAAAAGAUGACUUCAUGUUCAAGUUGGUGCAGAAAUCCAUCCAUCCAUUAUCUGAACCGCUUAUCUUCACAACAGUCGCGGGAGAACUUGAGACUUUUUCCAUGCACCCAGUAUGGUCGGCAUGACCACCCAGUUUUAUUUCAAUUGGUGAAAAUGGUGCCUUUUGUGUUUGUUGUUGUUGUUGUUCCCCCUCCACUUUCCUGGGAGUACAAGUGAGUGAAACUUGGGCCUUUUGUUUUAAUUGGUAGGAACAAUACUGGAAUAGACAAAACUGUCCAGUAAGAUCAAAGACAUGGUACAUUUCAGAAAUGUGCAUUUUGUUAGCCUCAUAACAUAAUUUUCUGUCCUAUAGGGAAAACAACAUAAAUAAAGAGUCAAUUUAACCUUUGCAACUUUCUGUGAGCUGGAUAAUCGACAAUCUAAAUACUUUUUUUUAAGCACACACGUUGCUCUUUCUGGUGAUCUACGUUAAAAACGACUUAUGCUGUUUGGUUACUGAUUUUCAUGUGAUUUCCAGCGACUAAAUAUCAAAAGUCCCAUGAAAUCGAUUUGUCUCUCUUCUGCUUCCUCUCAGGAAAUUGUGCCACCAUUAAAGCUGACAUUAGCAUUUAGCUUGUUAGCGCUAUGGCCAUAAAGUAACUUCUAAUUCGAUGAGUCAGUUUGAUAGCGCAUCGUUUCAGUGUUUUUCUUUUUUUUUUUCCCCUGUCUUCCAUUGUCUCUGUCCUCCAUUUUGUCCCCUCCUUGGGCCAUGUGAAUGGGCCAAAAGCUGCUAAAUUUUACAUUUUGUAGAAGUCUACUAUUUACUAUCCUCCCACGCUUUGUUAUAAUCUUUUAUUUUCUUAAUUUUCCCUUCUUUUUGUGUCUUUUGGCUGGCUUUUUUUACAUCGAUUGAAUGUCUGACAUGAAGAAAAAAAAAAAACAGGUUCACUGUUAACAUGUUUUUAUGUGUAAAUGUUUGCAAUGUUGUGACUUUAAACAUACCUUGUCCAAUAUGAAAUGAAAGGGAAUUUUGAUUUGUAUUGUUUU